AUGGAAUAAUCAUUGUUUUUCCUGUCAGCUGAAAUGACAGCUAUGAAAGCCUUUAAUGAAAAGACAUUGUCCAUAUAUUAAAAUAUGCAAUUUCUUGAUAAGAAACUCAAAAUGAAAAUACCAAAAUUGAAUUUAGCCAUUACAACUCAUAGAUUAAUAUUUACUAAUCACACAAACAUAGAUUAAUUAACUGUGAAUGAUGUUAAAUUUGUCUAUUUUGUUAUACCCUUAUAGCAUGUAAAAACUAUCUAACAAAAAGUAAUCAAUACAUCUUAUAUGAGACUGGAUUUCUAUCAUCUAAAAUAGAUCAUAUUAAUAUUGAAACUAAUUUGGGUGAGAUUGCUCUAUAUGGUGAUAAUCUUGAAGGACCACUCUUAUAGAUAAAAGGUAGUAUAGAAAAAAAGGAAUGGCUUCAAGUACAAGAACAAUAAUAAACAUAAUCAGUUUAUCGUGGAAUGAAAAGUGAAAUAGAAAAAAAGGAGAAAUAAACAUAAUAAACAAUAGAUACUGUAUAAAGCACAUUUAAAGGUGGAUUUGAAGAAUUAUUUAAGAAUGCUACAGAAUUAAAAGAGAUUUCAUAAUACAUUAAAUAAAAUAUAAAGAAAGGAGAGAAUAAUGAGAUUGAUGAAAUUUUAUCUAAAAUUGGUUAAUCAAGAUUAGAUAAGUAAUAUAUAUUAAAUGAUUUAUAUAAGAACUGAGGAUUAAUUUUAUGAGAAAUUAGCUGAUUAAGUAUAUAAACUUUGUGUUGAAUUAUUUCCUAAGAUGGGUGGUAUAAUAUCACUUUUAGAUGUCUAUUAUUAUUUUAAUAAGAAACGUAAUUCAGAUUUAGUGAGUCCAGAGGAGAUAUUAAAGGCAGGUUUAUAAUUUUAAAAAUUGAAUUAUUAAGCAAAGGUUGAAAGAUAUGAUGGUAUUUCUGUAAUUGAAUCAAGUAUUUUUGAUAAUAAUAAUAUUUUUAAGCAUAAUAUAAUAGUGAUAAAGAUUAUGAGAAUACUUUAGGAAAAUAUAUAUCUUAUGAAAUUGGAUUGACUGCUGAAUAAUUAGCAAAGAAAUUGGGGAUUUCAGUUAUGAUAUGUAAGAUUAAACUUAAGAAUGCUAUAAAUUUAGGGAAAGUAUGUGUUGAUAAUAGAAUUGAAGGUACUCGUUAUUUUAAAAAUUUAAUAAUUAAUAUUUGA